AUGGAGGGAUCAAGUAACCAGAGCAUCACCAAGAAUACGACUCCAACGCCCGAAGCGGAAUUGAAUCCUCAAAGAGUGAAAGCAUUGUUGAACAAAUUGCAUGAGGAGUUCAAUGCCAGCAAGACAGAAACAGAUCCAAUUAAGGUAAAAGAACACUUGGCCAAGGUGGAUAAGAUCAAACGGGUCUUGAAGAUAUAUCACGACCAACAAAAGCAGCGUCAAGGUGGGGAUUUGGCUCAUGUGGCCUCGGGUAAUGCACAAAGCCAGCAAACAAGUCAUCAACCGGCAAUAAGUACUCAGUCAGGUACCGAUCCUUCAGUGGCAAUGACAGCAGCAGCAACAUCCUCGGUGCAAUCACCUUUAGUAAAUUUGCAGCCUUCUUCACAUAGCCAAGCACAUGCUCCACCUCAAGACAAUGUAACGAGUCAAUUUCCACAAAUUCAAUCACCAGCUCCGCAAAGACCAAACUCCGCUUCGCCUGAUGCUCAGAAAAUAACAGUUGAAAAGUACAAUCAAGUCAAGAGCGUUUUGAAAGACUUGGCGGAAAAAGUGCAGUCGCUAACUCUGGCAAAGGAGAGGGAAACUGAUCCUACAAGAAUCCAAGCCAUGGAGAAGACAUUAACUGAAAGUCGAGUACAGUUACAACAGUAUCACAAAGGAGCAUUGUAUAUGAGGAAGGUGUUGAUGGAUUCUGGAAGGCUAGCAGCAAAUGCAACACCAGUUUCAAGUCCUCGUCCAGUGACAGCAGCAACAACAGCAACAACAACAGCAACAACAGCAGCAACAACAGCAACAACAACGGCAGCACCACCAAUAGCUCUGGAUAUAUCUAGCGCCACUACCCACCAACAAAACUCUUCCAUCGAGAGAAUAACGUCGCCUGCACCACCUAAAAUCAGCAAUGCAGAUCAGCAGUCAUCAAGUCAUCCGAAACUGACCCUUCCUCAAGCCAUUCCUAAUUCGUCAGCUAUUACAGUGAAUAAGAAAUUACCGUCACCUAUAUCCAACGAGUCAAAGCCAACACCAUCACCGACAUCAACAAAGCCCCCCGCAGUGACGAAAACGUCUUCUGCAACCAAAGCUCCUACAGCCAUAUCACAACCAUCUACUGCAAAUACAACUACAACCACAAAAAGACCACAGAUCUCUACAAAUCCAACUACCACCUCUUCUACAAAUCUUGUCAACUCACUCAGGGCAUUUGGCAACCUGCCAACAGUUUCCACAAGCAUUCCUGACAACGAUGGUCGGGUUCUCACUAAACGAAAAUUGAAUGAACUCAUAACUAAUUUAUCCAUUGAUCAAGGAGACACAAAGCCCUCAGUGGACAACGAUGUCGAGGAGUUGUUUUUGGACUUGGCUGAUGAGUUCGUUCGCAGUGUUAUGGGAUUUUCUUGUAAUUUGGCCAAACAUCGGAAGUUGGAUAAACUUGAUAUCAGGGAUGUACUGUUGAAUUUGGAGAGAAACUGGGGGAUCAAAGUACCGGGAUAUAUGCCAGAUGAAAUUAAGCCAGCAAGACGCUGGCCAAAGAAACCAGACCAUAAGAACUAG